AUGUUGUUCCCUGGAUGCAGGUCCCAGGCCCUGUCCUCGCUCUGCUUCUGCGUCCUGGUCCUGGCCUGUGUCGUGGCAUGUCAGCAAGAAGGGCCUGGGGGAACCUCGAGCCCCGCCCCCCCCCCCCCCCCCGAGCCGGCCAGUAGUUCCUGGAGCCUGGUUCCGGGCAAGGUGAAGGAGUGGAUGGAGCCGCUGGUGACCAGGAUGAGGGAGAGGUGGCAGUGGUUCUGGGGCCCCAGGGCCUUCCAGGGCUUUGUGCAGACCUACUACGAUGACCACCUGACCCAGGCCUGGCUCCAAAGCUCCAAGGACAGCCUCCUGAGCAAGGCCUACAACCUGUGUCCCCAGCUGCUCUGCGGGGACAGCUCCUGGGAUUAA